CGAGUGUCCAAUCUGAGGUUCAUGAAGGGUGGUGUGAAACUGUCUGCUUAUCCCUUCCUCAUCACACUGUAUGUGGAGUCUCGUGAACCGGCUCUGUCAACACACAGGGACAAAUACCAAUAUCUGGAUCCCACCGCGUCUGACAGGAAAACAAAGUAAAUGUGAAUUCCCUAAGGAGUAUAUAGCCCGCAGCCCACUCUGUGACCAAUUGAGGAAAGUCCAAACCACUGCAAUGGAGUGUCCAGAAGAGGGCGCUAUGAGUCAAGACAACCAGAAUAACACAGAGAAUUCUCAGUGUUUCCAGGAGUCCCCUUGCUUGUCUGAUGGAGCAGAAGUGAUGGUUUGUGGCAGUGAGAUUCAUGCUGAUUCAGAGAUGACUUCUCUGCCAACACAAGAUGUGUAUGAUGCUGCCUCUGAAACUCCUGACCCAAAUUCAACAAAUGGACAGGACACAGGACUCAUUACUAGACUGGCCAGCUCACUGUUUCCUUUCUCUCUGUUCUACCGAAAGAGUUCUGCAAAUUAAAAAUUUCAAGCCCUCAUUUCUUAACUCUUG